AUCAAGUUUUUUUUCCCGCCGGAGGACAACCACCAAUCGCUAAACAUCCCCUUCAUUACUCAGAGCCCAACCUGGGGAAGCGGACCUCGGCAGUUCUCCAUCCAUGUCCUUAGGCAUUAUACGGUUCCUAUAAAAAGAUGCGAUGAUAGCGCUAGCUCCUCAGUAACACUCGAACUUCUAGCAACUAACCUCGACCCAAAAACCACAUCUCUGUUUCCGGCAGUGAAGCAUUGAAGAUGAAGUGGCUUUCUCUUACCACGCUGGCGCUCUUCGCGCCCAGCCAUGCUCUCAUCCGAUUCCCCUGCGCUCAGCUAGUCGUCGACCGUCUCGACCCCUUGGUCAACCCGGGUCUGAUCCCGUCGCCGCAUCUGCACCAGAUUGUCGGUGGUAACUCCUUCAACGCCACCAUGGACCCCUCCAAGGACAUGCCCAGAGAGUCUACUUGCACCACCUGCCAAUUCAGCGAGGAUUUCUCCAACUACUGGACAGCCGUCCUGUACUUCAAGGCCCGCAACGGGACUUACAAGCGCGUGCCGCAGAUGGCCAACUCGGGCUUCAACGGGGUCAACGCUGGUAUGACCAUCUACUACAUGCAAGACGGCCUGUACAACUUCCAACAGAGCUCCAAGGUCACCGCCUUUAAACCUGGCUUUCGCAUGUACAUCGGCGACGUCAAUGCCCGGAGCCGUGAGCAGAUGGAACGCUUCCGCCAGCUCACCUACACCUGCCUCCAGGAUAUCAACACCCGUGACCCUCAGAUCCUAGACUUCCCUAGUCAGCCCUGCCCCGCUGGCAUCAUGACUGCCCUCCGGUUCCCCACUUGCUGGGACGGCAAGAACCUCGACUCCGCCGACCACAUGUCGCACAUGGCAUACCCCGAGAGCGGUACUUUCGAGACCGGCGGCCCGUGCCCGGCGUCGCACCCCGUCCGCAUGAGCCAGCUGUUCUACGAGGUCAACUGGGACACGCGACAGUUUAACAACAAGGCCGACUGGCCCGUGGAUGGAUCCCAGCCUUUCGUUUGGUCCUUCGGCGACUUGACCGGCUACGGGAACCAUGGCGAUUACGUCUUCGGCUGGAAGGAUGAUGCGCUCCAGCGCGUCCUCGACUCGCCCUGCUACAUUAACUGCCCUACGCUCAAGACCCAGGGCAACGCGCAGAUGAAUGCUUGCAGCAAGAAACGCACCGUCGUCGAGGACGACAUCGACAGCUGGGUCGCGACUCUGCCCGGUGGUAUGAUCGCUGGUAUGUAA